GAAAUGGGAAUUUCAAUCCCAAUUAAAAAUCGUUAUUUCCCUAUAUAACUGCGAUUAUUAUUAUUAUUAUUAUUAUUAUUAUUUUGAAGAAAUCAAUUUGUUUUUUUAACUUCUUUCCUCAGCGGUUUACAAGGGUUUCUUAUUGCUUUGCAUUUUUUCCCCUCGUCUAUUGAUACUCAUUUACUGCGAAAUUUCAAGAGGAAGAAGAAGCUGGUUGGAUGCUUUCUGCCUGGUUGCUGAAUCCUCUUUAAAGGAUUCCGUGAUGUGAUGCAGCCUCAGAGAAAUUUCUUAAGAGGAGCUUUGACUCUGAUUUAUCUAGGAGGGCAGGACAAUAUGAGGGAGAUUCAGCUGGGCGCACACACAGUUCAGUCUCAUGGUGUUAAAGUAGCAAAGUCUCACAAACAUGAUUGGGUUAUUCUCAUCUUCCUUGGAGUAAUGGUGAUAAUCUUAAAUCUAAUCCAUCCUUUUCACCGCUUUGUCAGUAAGGAUAUGAUGACUGAUCUGAGAUAUCCUCUCAAAAGUAUUAGUGUCCCUGUGUGGGCUGUUCCGAUGAUUACAGUAUUAUUGCCUAUUGCCAUAUUUGUUGCCUUCUAUUUUCGUAGGAGAGAUGUUUACGAUCUUCAUCAUGCUAUACUAGGUAUCUUGUUCUCUGUGCUUAUAACUGGAGUCUUAACUGAUGCAAUCAAAGAUGCAGUUGGACAUCCUCGGCCUGACUUUUUCUGGCGAUGUUUUCCUGAGGGGAAAGAGGUGUAUGAUAAAGUAACUGGAAAUGUUAUCUGUAAUGGAGCUAAAAAUGUCAUAAGGGAAGGUUACAAGAGUUUUCCUAGUGGUCAUACGUCAUGGUCUUUCGCAGGCCUUGGCUUUCUUACAUUGUAUUUGUCUGGGAAAAUCAGAGUGUUUGACCGUCGGGGCCAUGUGGCAAAGCUUUGCAUUGUUUUCCUCCCAUUACUUAUUGCAUGUAUGAUUGGAAUUUCACAAGUGGAUGACUAUUGGCAUCAUUGGCAGGAUGUCUUUGCUGGUGGUCUUCUAGGCAGCGUAAUGGCUACAUUCUGCUAUCUACAGUUCUUCCCUGCCCCUUAUCAUGCUGAAGGUUGGGGACCUUAUGCUUAUUUCAGGAUGCUGGAGGAGACACGAGGGCUGGCAAACCCAACACUUCCUGUGAACCAGCAAGCUGAAGAAAGUGUCACUAUCAGAUUGCCUGAGACGCACCAUGCACGCACCAUACUCGAUGAAAUGGAAUCCGGAAGUGUGUAAAUUAAAAUGUGACUCAAAGAUAAAUUUUGACCUGAAAUUUUUUUAAUGUACUGGUUCUAAUUCAUGACCCCAUGUUCAUGGUUUCAUCACAUUCCACCAGAUAUAUUAGGGUGAUGGACAAUGGUUCAGGAUGUACCUCAAACAACAUCUUAGGAUAGUUACUUUUUGAAAUUUUGUACGAAAAGUUUGUGGGUUCGACUAUGCUUACUGAAUUUUGUCAGCAGGUGUAA